UGUGAUUGUUUUAUGACUUAAUAGUUUAAUAGUUAAUAGUUUAUUAAUUAUUCCAAGUUAAUCAUUUUAUUUAUCGGUUCAUCGGCAAAAUGAAACUAAUAUGUGAGACAUGUGUCUUCAAUCGAAAGGUGCCGCCCGUAAAGAAGCCGUUUCAAAAAACAAUCUUGGCCAUUGGCAAGAACAAUGAAAAAAAAUCCGAGGAAGCGGUUAUCAUGCUGAUUACAAAUGCCAACAAAGGAGGAACCAAAUAUACGCUGAAAAAGAACAUCAGCAAAAUUUUCACGCGAUUUAUUUCCGAAGGCAAAGCCACAAUUUCGUUCCACACACCGGAACACGAUUUGCAAAUCAAGUCCGAGGUGAUUCAAUUGACCAGCUUUCUAAAGGUACUGAAAUCGGUUUUAACUGGGGAGGCAACUGCCAACGGUACCAUCGAAUCUGUUCCCGUAAAGUUACCCUGCCUGAGUGUAGCUAACAAGAAAACUUCUUUAUUGUCCUCUUCUGUUAAAGUACUUUCCACAAAAUGUGUGAUAAAAAGCAGAGGCGAUUAUCCUCUGAAAGGAUUCAACCGAAAACUAACCCUGCUGCAAAUAUCGGACAUCAAACUGGUCCGAUUUGAUCCGCAAAUUCUGCUAUUGAAAAACCUUCGCACUCUGAAUCUGUCGAACAACUGUGUGGAAAAGAUACCCAAAGACCUUGGACUGUUACACCUGACAGAAAUUGAUCUUUCCGGCAAUGCUUUGCAUGGGCACGAUUGGGAAUGGUUACGAGGAUAUGCCAUUCAAUCCAGUCUGCAAAGUCUGAACAUCUCAAACAACAGCCUUAGCUAUUUCCCGAUCGCGCUCAUUUACGCCAGAAUGCUCAUGAGGUUGGACAUGCGCCAAAAUUAUGUUCUCAAACUUCCUUUCGCUUUGUGGAAAAUGUCACGACUUCGCUUCCUGAACUUGGCAAACAAUCGGCUCGGUUCCGUACCGGAAUCGAUGAAUCGCAUGAAGUUGGAUGACUUGGACCUCUCCGACAACCAGCUUGGGCAUGAGAUCUGCACAGUUCCGGAUCUACGGGUACCAUCUCAAGUGGGCCACAUGCCGGCACUAUGGGAGCUGGCUGCGCGGGUCGUCGUCGCUCGUAAAAUACACUACUCGCCGGGUAUGAUUCCUUUUGUGCUGGUGGAGCUGAUGCAUCGGACACCGAUCUGUGGCUGUGGAUUGCUCUGCUUCACAUCGAAGAUCUACGAACGGGCGAAGGUGAUACGCCUAAACUGCCAGCACUUGACCUUGAACAGCAACCAGCAUCUGUAUGCCGAUGUUGUGUAUUGUAGCCAGCGGUGUAGUACCAAGCUAAUUUCAGCUUUCAGUCAUCUCAAGAGGCAAACGACAAAAGGCAGAAGAAAAAUCCUCCAAGUUUCGUAUCAAGAAAUGGCCGCAUCCGGAAAACUAUCGAUUCUGGCUCGCCAGCUGAGCACCAGCUCGGCUUCCGCUCAGCUCGUCAAGCCACCAGUUCAGAUUUUCGGACUGGAAGGUCGUUAUGCCUGCGCUCUGUACUCGGCUGCCCACAAGACCAAGGCACUGGAUGCCGUCGAGAAAGAUCUGAAGAGUCUACAGAGUCAGAUGCGUUCGGACCCUAAAGUGCGCGAUCUGUUGAUCAAUCCAACGAUCAAACGGAACGUCAAGGCCGCCGCUAUGAAGGAGGUUUCCGCCCGGGUCAAGUACAACGCUGCCACCGGCAACUUGCUGACGGUUCUGGCUGAGAACGGUCGCCUUGGUCGAUUGGAUGGUAUCAUCAAUGCCUACACUCUGAUUAUGGCUGCCGAGCGGGGUGAGGUCGUGUGCGAAGUCAAGACCGCCAGGCCAUUGGAUGAUGCCCAGCGCAAGCAGCUGGAAAGUGCCCUGAAGUCCUUCCUGAAGCCUAACCAAAGCAUCCAGCUGUCGGCCAAGGUUGAUCCCUCUUUGAUUGGUGGAAUGAUCGUGUCUAUUGGUGAUAAGUACGUGGAUAUGAGCGUCGCCAGCAAGAUCAAGAAAUAUACCGAUAUCAUCUCCGCUCCAGUCUAAAUAUUCGGAGGAGGGUUUCGGAUAAACCGAUUGUAGGGAAUUGGGGGAAUGUGUUAUCAUUGUGGGAACAUCGCCACUGAGUACAUGGUACGAUGAUUAUUCUUCCGCCGAUAAUUUCGUUGAAGCAAGCAAUCCUUGCGUGAUGCAGUACACGUGUAAUAUUGAAAGCGAAUAAAAUGGUAAAUAUUA